AGUUUUGAAAAUUCAAAUUCAAAGUAUAUACAUAAUAUAUAUAUAUAUAUAUUUCCUUUUUCUUUUCCACUUCAUUUAUUGUAUACAAGUUUCUAACCAUUCAAUGAAAUUUCAGUUCUCGUAAAUUAGUUUUGCACCAACGUGUUUUCGGACUUUUAUCCAACGAUUCCGCCAAAAUGGAUGAAUUUAAUUCGAUAACUGAAUUAUACAGUGACUCCUCAUUUCUUAGCGCACAUUCAUACGUUGAAUCAUUAUUGGAGCUGUUUAACAGAAAGGAGGAUGUCGGUAAAGUCGUAAAUGGUAUGGUAGAAGUAUUGGAAGACGAGAAGAAGAAACAAGAAUUAUUAAGAGCAUGGAAUGAUCAUAAAGCUAAGCGUACUACUACCGAUUUUCCUGCUUUAGAACCAGUAAAUUCUACACAAAGUAAUUCUAAACCAAAUAUUACGACACCUAAACCAUCACCUCGUGUAUUAGUAAUUAAAUCUUCAACUACUCGAUCUGGUGGUACAAAAUCAAGUAGUGGACCUCAAGUUUGGGAUAAAAUUGCUGCUAUUGCUGCCCGUGAAUCCAAAAAAAAUAAUUCUGCUUAUCCUUCACUUGCAACUUCAGCUAGUACUUCUAAUAAUGAUCUUUGGAAAAACUCUUCUCCAAAAUUCGUCCAAUCCUCUCCACGUAGGGAAUCUCCUUCAUCUAGUGUAAAUAAUUCUUCAAAUACUUCAUCAUAUACAACCGCUUUUGUCAGAGGUAGACCUACUAAAGCUGAAAAUGUUGAGUUUCCUGAAUUACCUAUAAAUUCAAACUCUUCUUUUUCACAACAAAGAAUCAAAAAGAACGGAUCAGAAAGCAAUGCAUGGGGACAAGGAGGAUCAUCUGCAUCUGAUAAUAACAAGAAUGAAAAUGAUAGUGAGGAUGAUUCUUCAUACAGUGAAAGUACAAAAGAUGGAAACAAAAAGAAGAAGCAAAAGAAACAGAAAGGCAAAAAUGUCAUAUUUCAUCUUGGUCCGAAAAAUUACCAAUAA